AUGGAUCCAUUAUUUGAUGCUCAGCUCAUUCCUCGAUCCGUGACGAACCAGCUUCCCAGUGGCUACAGAAUGCGUCCAUUGGUGUCCAGCGACUACGACAAAGGGGUUCUGGAUGUGCUCAAGGUGUUGACUGUCGUUGGCAACAUUUCACGCAGCCAGUUUGUUGACCAAUUCAAUUACUGGAAGUCCAAGAAGGAUAUGUACCAUACUCUUGUGGUUUUGAAUGAACAGGACCGUGUUGUCGGUUGCGGCACUGUCCUGGUAGAGAGCAAGCUCAUUCACGAAUGCGGUAAAGUUGGUCACAUCGAGGACAUUGCAGUUGCCAAAGAUCAGCAGGGUAAAAAGCUAGGUCUUCGCAUUAUCAACGCUCUGACGGAAAUUGGACGUGCUCAGGGCUGCUACAAAAUCAUUCUCGACUGCUCAGAGCACAAUGUCAAGUUCUACGAAAAAUGCGGGUUUACCCGAGGCGGUGCAGAAAUGGUUCUCAAGUUCCAAACGCCGUCCAAACUGUAA